CAACGUAGGUCGAUUUCUUGCCCGCGGUCAGAAAGGCUUGCCUCUCGACGACUAUUGCGCAACCGAGCAUACUCGGCCAACGAGCAGCCGGCCUCUCUCCCGUGAGAGAGAUUCACGCUGCCGGCCAUGGUCAACACCCCGCCGGCCAAGGCCGUCUCCGAGGGUCGUCGCGAGAGGGAGACGUUCAGGUCCGCGCCCCAAAAUGCCUCUUUCAGGGCCUCGGAGACUUCUCGUCAACGUAAUCUACGCUUAUCUUAUUAUUAAAAUCCCUAACCGACUCUACAGAUAUGACUCUUCCUUGAUCGCACAUACAGUCUACAACGACCCCAACAAUCUUAAGCCAUCCUCGGAACUUCGAUCAUGUCCCGAUGCGGCACUCACGUCUUUCGCUGAGCUUGGCGCUUUACGUCUGAAUGCGACCCGGGCCAUGAUAUCCCUCUUCGACAGCAAAUAUCAGUACGUUAUUGCUGAAGCUACGCAGUCACUAGCCCUGACUCCCAACACCAACCCUCCCGAAUCCCAACGCGGCGAUAUUGACCAGUUGCUACUGUGCGGUACUGCCAUCCCACGAUCAUCCGGUAUCUGCGAGCUCAUCCUCUCAGUUUCGGAUCAUCUUGACGACCAACAUCCUUCGGGACCCCAUCUGCUACCUGUCACAGUUAUUCCCGACCUUUCCGCAGAUCCAAGGACCUCGCAGCGAGCAUUUUGUCUCAACACGCCGCAAUGCCGGUUUUAUGCCGGAGUGCCGAUUCGUUCCCAAAGCGGUAUACACAUUGGCGUCUUCAGUGUGUACGGAGACACCUCGCGCGAGAAGUUUGACGAUGUGUCCACUCAACUCAUGCAGGAUAUUUCGAAAGUUAUCUUGAACUAUUUGGACGCCAGACGGAACAGGGAUGAUCACCGACGUGCCGACAGAAUGGUCCGUGGUGUUGGUAGCUUCAUCGAGGGCAAGAGUACUAUGUCGGGAUGGCGACAAAAGAAUAACGUUGACUCGUUCGACGACCACCCAUCUUUCGAGGGAGCCCUAAACAAGAAUCAGCAAAAUAUUGAACAGCAUAAAGAGAUGGUGGCUUAUCAAGCUUUUUUGACAAGGCAAAAUCAGUCGUCUACUGCUGCGAUACAGAACGCGACACAGCCCAAAGCUCAAGCAGCCGAGGCUCAGCCAGUCUCACCGGCGGCAGACACUCGGCCUCUUCCUCAACCGCAUCAAGACCCAGCAUUACCAUCUGCGUCUGGUACCUCUCUGGACAAUCUUCGAUUCGGAUCAGAUGGCGUUUCACACGAAGAUGUCGAUACACACACAGCACAAAUUCGACGCAUUUUCUCCAAGGCAGCCAACAUUGUCCGGGAAGCUAUAGAAGUCGAGAGCGUGCUAUUUGUGGACGCCAGCAUCGGGUCUUUUGGAGGGCUCGCUGCCCCCAAAGCCUCUCACACGAGAACUUCCAGAGGCCGCGGCUCAUCUUCCUCCUCUAGUGACGAGCAGAUUAGUCCAGGUUUAGACGGAGGGACUAGGUUGAGCAGCGAUGGCGACCAGGAUGAGAACCUUUGCUCAGUCCUUGGCUUCUCGAGCUCGUCUAUCUCGAGCGUGGACGGAAAUCUACCUUCCUUGAGCCACAACUCCGUUUCUGAGAGGUUCCUUUCGAAACUGUUACGAAGGUAUCCAGAAGGCAAAAUUUUCAACUUUGACGAGAACGGCUCUAUUCAAUCUAGCGACCAUUCCGGCGACGACCAUGGCGCCCAGUCAGAGACACCACUUCAGGAGUUCCGAGAGUACAUCAUGGGGACAGCCCAGGAGGAACAACACCGAACUAUCUCCAGCAGGAAACGAAGCAAUGCCUACUCCAGACGAAACGAAGGGAAAACGCUUAGCGGUCUGUUUUCCGGGACUCGAAGCAUGGCCAUUAUACCUUUGUGGGACAUACAAAAGCAACGUUGGUAUGCAGGCGGAUUCGCCUGCACCAAGACUCCGACCCGAGUCCUUACCAUCGAAGGUGAGCUCAGCUAUUUACGUGCUUUUGCAUCAGUUGUCAUGUCAGAGGUCGACCACGUCAGCUCGAUGUUAGUCGACAAGGCGAAGACGGACUUGUUGAGCUCGCUUUCCCAUGAGCUACGCUCGCCGCUCCACGGCAUAAUUCUUGGCGCAGAGUUGAUGCACGACACCACCAUGGACGCCUUUCAAGGAGAGACACUUGUCUCGAUCGAGAACUGUGGCCGCACACUCUUGGAAACCAUAGACCACCUUCUGGACUGGAGCAAGAUUAAUAACUUCAUCGGGCCUUCGAAGCAGCGACGGAAUUCUCUUGCGCUCGGCGAGCGAGGCCUGAGAGCUCGGGAUCAGAAAAUUACCAUCGAAGCUGGCAUGAUGAGCAUUACAUCAAAUGUCGAAGUCGAUGUUCUGUCUGAAGAAGUUGUGGAGAGCGUCUGCGCCGGCUUUAGCUACCAACGCGUGUCUGUGGCACAACUUGCGGGCAACAGACCGGCAGAGCACGCCGAUACCACUGCCAUACGCAGGCUUGACAGUAUGCAAGCAAUGGAAGAAAUGGCGACGCGAACAAACAAACUAGGGGACCUGCAACUCAUCCUCGGCGAUGUAUCCGUCACCUUUGACAUUUUCCCCGCAAUCUCUUGGGCUUUCCAUACGCAGCCGGGCGCUUUGAGGCGAAUUAUCAUGAAUCUCCUAGGAAAUUCGCUCAAGUACACGCACAAGGGAUUCGUCAACGUCAAUGUCACCCAGCUUCCACAGCGCACUGAUGCACCGUCCAAAAGGGCCAUCGUUCAGAUUGACGUAGUAGAUUCCGGGCGCGGCAUUAGCCCGGAAUAUCUUCAGCAUCAUUUAUUCGCCCCCUUCGCCCAGGAGGACUCCCUGUCUGCCGGAGCCGGUCUAGGCCUGAGCUUGGUGAAACAGAUAGUUUCCAAGCUGCGUGGAUCUAUCCAAGUCUGGAGCAAGCUCGGACAAGGAACGAAAGUGAGGGUUCAGCUUCCCUUACUGUGCGCCGACCCAGCACCACCAACGGUCGCCGACACAGAGGAUCAAGGAAGCACUAUCGAUGCUUUCCGGGCAUCUGUUAGCGAGCUCCGGGGCCUCAGAGUCAAGAUGAUCGGAUUCCCUCAAGACUAUGGCGUCAAAAUGCCCGACGACCUAGCCAGCAACAGCCCCAGCGAAGGAGCUCUGGUCACACACCUCUGCAGGGAGUGGCUUAAUAUGCAUAUUAUUGACCAGUCCGUCCCAUCUCCGCAGCAACUUCUUCCCGACUUGGUCUUGUCCAGGGAAAAACAGCUGGAGCAGCUUCUGAUGGAGCGCCGGUUGGGUCUCAUAACCACGCCUGUCGUGGUGAUUUGCCGGAACGCCCUUAUUGCGCGCCAACUGGCUACCUCGGCACGAUUUACCGGCCAUCGCAUCGUCUUCGAGUUUAUCUCCCAGCCCAUCGGUCCGAGAAAGCUCGCCAAGGUCCUAUUGCUCAGUUUCAAGCGAUGGACCAAAAUACAAGAACGAGCGAUACCCACUCCUACGAUGCUGUCCUUGGCCAGCCCAGAACCAUCGGACACAGGUGGUGACACGCCGACAGGGCCGGCUCUGGACGGACUUGCGGAGGCCGGAAGUACCGAGGCACUUUCCGACGUUUCCCCGGUAGAAGAUGUUCCUGCAGAUUUGGAACAGUUGCCAAGGAGUGCCGCCGAAAGACUGCACAGUACCAGCAUGGACAAUGAAGUUGUGAAGGAGGAGGAUACGGAACUCAGACCAGAGGACAUUGCCUUACCGGACACACCGGAAGAGCGGCCCAAAACACUAACCCCCGAUGGUCCUGACACCCCGCGACUACCCCACAGACCGAAGAAGUCUAAGGAUCGGCCCAAGUUUCUUAUGGUUGACGACAACCCGCUCAACCUCAAGAUGUUGGCGACGUACAUGGCGAGACUGGGGCAUGAUUACCAAAACGCAAGAGACGGCCAAGAAGCAUUGGAUGCGUUCCGGCAAUCGGCGGGCGAGUACCAUUGCAUCUUGAUGGACAUCUCGAUGCCUGUGAUGGACGGAUUUGAGGCCACACGACGGAUCCGUGCCAUUGAGUCGAAGGAGAACUUAUCACGCUGUCUGAUCAUCGCACUCACGGGACUAGCAUCUGCCAACGCGCAGCAAGAAGCGUUUGCGAGCGGCAUCGAUCUUUUCCUGACGAAACCCGUGCGACUGAAGGAGCUGAGCAAGAUACUGGAGAAUAAGGGUGUAGCAUGAUGAGCAAUGAGCAACGGGAC